AUGAUCAAGUUUCGAACGGUGAUCGUCGAUUGUACGAGGCGGGAACUCGGCGUCUCGUUGGCUUCCCGUCUGAUCCUUAGUGUUAUUCCGGAUACGGCUGCUGAUAGCCGUCUGCUUGCCGGCGACGUGCUCCUGAAAGUCGGCGGCUCCAUCAUGCCAAACAACCAUCGACAGGCCGUCAAAAUUAUUCGAGACAAAACGGCAAAAGGAGAUAGAACGCGCGAACUCGUCCGCGGCGUGCCGUUACGAUGUGUUUCUAUGGCGUUACGAUGGGCUACCGACGGGCCUGCAGAGCCGCGUCAUGCCCCGAUUGGGCAAACACAAGCGGAGGUAUUGCAGCAAUCACGCGCGGCGAUCUGCCUCAUGGUAGGCGAUCGUAUCCUCGAAUGUGACGGCGAGAUGAUCGAGGAUGCGAAAAUUUGCGACGAUAAAAUUCGUCUCGGUUUCGACCAGAAAGGAUACGCCAAGCUGACGAUAGAAGUAUUCAAGGAAGACGCGGCCCGGCGCGCACAUAGAAAAGACGUGAUGGAAUUUAUGAAGCACGAGAAAAGAGAGGCGAUGAGAGCCGCCAAAAUUCCGACAGCGGCCGACGCGGACUCAAUGAAAAAGACCGAAUUCGAAGUGGUACAGGGUAGCCGGCCAGCCCUCACCGGCAUCCACCAGACACCGAGACAGAAGAGAGUCUUCUGGGACCAUCCCACCAACCGGACGAUUUUGCAAAAUCAGUGUCAACUACACCAAGAACCGAUCCAAUCACCCGACCUUCAUUCUCAACUUUUUCCGGAUAGAGAAUACACGCAGAUCGAGGACAAAAACAUCCUGAAAGCCGGCGAUUACCUGUUGGCCAACGUCCGGCUCUACGGCAGCCACUAUCUAUGGAAGGAAUGCCACGUAUUGAGCAGAAACCGAAAGGGCUGGAAGCUCGGCUUCCCCGACCGUCGCAACGCCCUGGACGAGAAAUGGGAGCCGCUGGCAGCAGAUGGCGCCGGGACCCUGCAAAAUGCGUGCAAGUGCCCGCUCUUCAUUUUGCUGCCCGCUAAACAAGCAAGCAACAGCCAGGACAAAGUACGCACCUGGUGCCGUACUACCGUGACUCUGGGCGUCGACGCCAUCAGGCGCCAGUACAAUGAAGAAGUGAGAAGAUACAUAACCGCGGGCAUGUCAUCCUCGGAAUGUGCCAAGCAUCCGACCAAAAACCGAUAUAAAGACGUGCCGUGCCAGGAUCAGCAUCGCGUUCGCCUCGCUGAGCCUGCACCAUGCUCCUACAUCCAUGCCAACUACGUCGAGGGAUCGGCCGCCAACAACCGGCGAUAUAUUUGCACACAGGGCCCCUUGGAUAUCACCAGUGCAGAUUUUUGGCAUAUGGUCAUCCAGGAGAAGACGGAUAUCAUCGUGAUGCUGACGAACAUAAAGGAGAGCGGCCUCGACAAAUGUGCACAAUACUGGCCCGAGAAGGAAAGAACACAGAUGCAGCUCGAAAACAUCACCAUCACCAACUCCGAAUCUUUUGACCUCUUCCCUAAAUCUACACAGCGGAUCGUCGGUAGCAAGCUUCGACUCGAUUACAACUUCGGAAAGGCGGAGAGUCGUAAGAUAACGCACUACCAAUGGAAGGAUUGGCCUGACCGGUCGGUCCCGAAGGAAAUCGACGUCACGAUCGUCGAUCUGUUCACCCAAUUGCACACCAAAGCCCCGAUCGUCAUCCAUUGUUCGCCUGGUGUCGGACGCUCAGGCAUCGCCAUACUGCUCGACCAAUUCAUUGGCUGUCUCGACUCGAACAUCUCUUUUCCCGACGUGAAAGAUCUGUGCCAGCGCCUCCGUGACCACCGCGCGUACAUGCUUCAGAACGAAAAGCAGUAUCUGUACAUCCAUCGCGUCCUCCUGCAUCACUUCUACAGCAAAUACAUCGAGCCGCAUGACGAGGAGGAGCGCGAAGACUACGGGCGAUUCGUGCGCAAGUACGAAAAGGCCAUGGCCAAUUAU